UGAUGGUCUCCCCUCUUCUCCCUGUAGGCAUUCUUUGAAACAGCCAGCCUGAUGAGCCAGGUCUCCCACAUCCAUUUGGCUUUUGUUCACGGGGUUUGUGUAUGGGGCUCAGAAAAUAUAAUGGUGGAAGAGUACAUUGAACAUGGUCCCCUGGAUGUCUUCUUGCGGAAAAACAAAGGGCGGAUAACAGUGGGCUGGAAAUUCACUGUUGCUGCACAGUUAGCUAGCGCCCUGACUUAUUUGGAAGGCAAAAACCUGGUGCAUGGCAACGUAUGUGCCAAGAACAUCUUGUUGGCUAGGAAAGGCUUGGAUGAUGGCUUGAUGCCCUUCAUCAAGCUCAGUGACCCUGGAGUCAGCUUCACAGUACUCUCCCGAGAAGAGCGGGUUGACAGGAUCCCAUGGAUUGCUCCAGAAUGUGUUAAAAAUGUGAGCAACCUCAGUACGGCGGCUGACAAGUGGAGCUUUGGUACUACUCUCCUGGAGAUAUGCUUUGAUGCAGAUGUGCCACUAAAAGAACGUACUCCUUCUGAGAAAGAGCGUUUCUAUGAGAAAAAACAUCACCUUCCGGAGCCAUCUUUCAAAGAAUUAGCUGUGUUAAUCAGCCAGUGCCUGAACUAUGCUCCUGCGGAGCGGCCAUCAUUCCGGACCAUCUUGCGAGACCUUACGCAACUACAGCCACAUAACCCCCUUGACAUCACAUCUGUGAAUCCCGAAUUUCCAGUAUCUGACCCAACUGUCUUUCAGAAGCGGUAUCUGAAAAAGAUCCGAGAUCUGGGUGAGGGUCACUUUGGCAAAGUGAGUCUGUACUGCUAUGAUCCUACCAAUGAUGGCACUGGUGAGAUGGUGGCAGUGAAGUCACUGAAAUCAGGCUGUAGCCAACAGCUGCUGACCAGCUGGAAAAAGGAAAUUGAGAUCCUGAAGACACUUUACCACGAGAACAUUGUCAAAUACAAGGGUUGCUGUAGUGAGCAAGGGGAAAAGAUGGUGCAGCUUAUUAUGGAAUAUGUGCCUUUGGGGAGUCUGAGGGAUUAUCUUCCCAAGCACAGUGUCAGCCUGGCCCAUAUUCUCCUCUUUGCUCAGCAGAUCUGUGAGGGAAUGGCUUAUCUUCACUCCCUGCGCUACAUCCACAGGGAUCUGGCAGCCAGAAAUGUACUCCUGGAGAAUGAGAACGUUGUGAAAAUUGGAGACUUUGGUCUUGCCAAAGCCAUCCCUGAAGGUCAUGAGUAUUACCGUGUCUGUGAAGAUGGAGACAGCCCUGUCUUUUGGUAUGCUGUGGAGUGCCUGAAGGAGUGUAAAUUCUAUUAUGCCUCUGAUGUUUGGUCCUUUGGGGUUACUUUAUAUGAACUCCUAACACGCUGUGAUUCAAGUCAGAGCCCUCCAGUGAAAUUCAUUGAGAUGAUUGGAGCAACUCAGGGCCAAAUGACAGUACUGAGGCUUAUAGAGCUUUUGGAUAGAGGGAAAAGGCUGCCCAGCCCAAAGGACUGUCCAUAUGAGAUUUACCGCUUGAUGAAAAACUGUUGGGAAUCAGAAGCUUCAUUCCGGCCAGCCUUCACAAACCUUGUCCCCAUCCUCAGAACCUUCCAUGAAAAGUACAGGGCCCAGGCCCCCUCAGUGUUCAACCUGUGCUGAGCAGGAUGCAAAGACUUUCAGCCAAAGACCAUACUCUUACCUGCACUCUGUGUCUUGAUACUGUCUGUGUGUGCCUGGAAUGCCACAGUGCCAUGGAAGCUGCUUCAAAAUAUCAUAAUGCGUUGGAACUCUUACUGUUUUGUUGUUCAGAGCCCCAACGCAGAGUUUUCUGCCUUAUCCCUUUUUUUCUGUGUACCAAAUGUGACGGUGUUUAAGGGAAAACCCACAUCUUUUUUCAUCAUAAGCAGAGGUUGCUUAUGAAACAGUGUAUAAUGCUGCACCAAACUCUGGCCUGAGGAAUCUGGAAAGCCUUGAGACUUAGUCUGAAUACAGGAUAUCACAGGUGCAGGGAAGUGAGUAAAUGAAAUGACUUCUUCGUUGUCUUUUUAAUGGACUGCUGAGCCUGUUGGUCUGCUGCAGACAGAUAAUGCAGCUUGGAUUUAAAAGAGACUGGGAAGGAAGCCAAGAUCUUCAAGCGCAAUAAUCGCUAUAGGUAAUGUUUCUCUUGGACUAGGUCUUUCUUGCUACAAGGAAAUGUGCUAUUUCUGGGACUAUUUUCAAAGCAAAUGCUUUGGACUCCCAAAAAUCCCUGAACUGGCCUUUGUUCCCAUUCACCUGGUAUCUGUGUAUUUCAGAAUUGCUGGGGCUCUUACAUCUCUUCGAUUCCACCAUCUUCCACAUAGAGUAUAGACAUCUUUUCACUUCCUUUCUGGAGGAGGCCCUCUUCUCAACCCUCUAGAAAUCCAGAUGUGGAGCCAGAUGCACACUCAGCUGACUAGAGAAGUGAAUGUUUGCUCAUAUUUUGUAUCCCCAUAUAGAAGUCUUGGGUUUGCUCCCAAAGAGAUGUCCCUGAAGUCUCCAAAGGGGAUAAAGAAAAGGUACUAUUUUUUCAGAAAUGCAUUGCACUCAUGAGAAUUCGCCUGCUGUGUAAGCUUUGUCAGAGCCCACUUUGCUUUCUAGAUAAUAUAAGCAGACAUUUCUGUAUUGUUGUCCCAAGAACCAUUCUUCAAACAUUUGGUUGUUUUGAACCAGAAAUCUUCCCACCCCUUGCUUCUAUCAAUCAGAAGCUUUAAAUUUGAAGUUGAGGGAGGCAAAAAGAGGGUAGGCCUCAAAUCAUAUCACAGUUUUAUGGGAAAUGCCCUUUGACCACUAACUUGGUUGCUACUGCCUAGAAACUGGGCAUCAUGUAGCUAAGUAACAGCGGUUCCUGCUGGAAUCCCACAUCCUGAGAGAGAGAGAGAAAGAGAGGGAGGGAGGAAAAAACCCAGUUGCCUCAUACAUCUCAGGGCUGUGAUGUCACUUAGCUAAUUUAGUUUAAAAAAAUACUACUUGCUGUUGAAGCCACAGCUAUUUGCAUUCCAAAACUUUAGUCAUUCUCCAUUCUUACCAAACCUAGUUUGGGCAGAGUCAGCUGUUUUCAUAGGCACAUUUCAGAUCCUGUUGGAGGUGUUGCAGGCUCCAAAUUAUGUUCAGGAUCUUUAGGGUGCUGCAAAGCUGGGCUAAUGGUUGCCCUCAAUACAAAUUCCUCCCUUGCCAACUUGCACUCUUGGGAUCCUGUCCCUUCUUCAUAACUGAGGACUGGGGACUGUUUUGGCAAACCUGAAACUACACAUUAUUAACGAGCCUGUUCCAGGCUGUUUCUGCUUUGAGAAAGAGGGGAGGGAGGACGGCUGUUGACCUGCCUUUUAGGUGGCUCUUAAUAUCAUUAAACAGUACUGUAAGAAUUAAGUAUUUCAAGAGUGUUUUAAAUUUCCCUUCUCACAGAAUGAAAGGAAUGAUCAACAAUCAUUUAUACUUUGGCUAUGCUGUGCAAGCCACUUAGAGCUAUGAAGGGACCAGAUGAGAGUGCUUAUCCCUGCAUGUUUUCCUGCCAUUCCAAUUCACCAAAGGCUCAAAGCAAUCCCUAUUCUGUUUCUAGGUGGUUACUUAGUUGAGGCUUACCACUUUGAAGGAAGGCAAUGAAGAGAAAGGGAAUGCAGGAAGAGUCAGGAGCUUGGGGUUAUUGUUCAUUUUUAGCCAAGCUGAGAUUUUGAACUCUUGACUGAUAUGUAUAUUGAUGUACAGCUCUGAGUAACAAAUGGCCAGAAUUGGAGGAGGCAGGGGUAUCCUAAAACACUCAGUGCUGAACAUUUAUUUCCUGGGGAUCUGAUUAGGGAAAUGCCUACCAAAGAAAAUGAGAACAAAUACAGAAGUGUACAGUUCUUGGAAAUGACAGCUGGCAACUCUAAAUCCAUUGCAGACUGACCAGACAAAACUUUGGUAGAUUCCCUAGAAGGCUCUCAUCACACAACAGGGUGUGGCAGCAUGAAGCAUUGGAUGAGCAUAGCUUUCAGACUUCGUUUCAGGGGCCAAACUCAUGUUGACAUGGUUCAAAUACUGUUUCUGGGAUAGGGGUUGAAGUGUGGGUAGAGCCAGUCAAAUGUAUCAAGACCUUCCACAAGGAAGAUAAGAGCCACUGCAUUACUUUCCUUACCCACUCGUAGCAUACAUAGAUCAGGACUGAGAAAAUUAUGAAACUAGUUCUGUGAGCCUUUGGGAGUUGUGGAAUGCAAUCCUAUGCAUGUUUAUUUGGAAGUAUGUCUUAUUAGGUAUUCGUGUAUAUAGGCUGUAAGAUUUUUGGGGGCUGAUUUUUCCUCAAUCCCUCCCAUUGUGCUUGGUAAAUAGCUUUUGAUGUUGAAAAGAUUUUUAAAAACAGUUUGCCAUAUAUUGUGGCAUUAGCUGUUCGUUUUUUAAACCCCAUUCCAUUGUAUAAGCAUAAACCCCUUCCAUGACCCCAAACAGUUCCUUAGGUAAUAAACUUGAUAGGUUUUUAAAAAUGAUUUUCACUUGGUCUGUGAUACUAGAAGGACUCAAAUUUGUUUACAAGUCUAAAAGACAAAGAGCUAUUCAUAAAACUCAUGGUGUUAAUCACUUAUUUGAGAAUUGUACGCGCACCUAUUGGUAAACUUGUGUUAUUGGCCUUAAAACUAGUCUUAUCUUCCCCUCCCCUGUACAUUUUAUUUUUUGGGUAUAGAAUUGCACCAUGAGCCUGCACUACCAGCCCUAUCUCUGGAGUGUGGAACAAUGCCACCUGUCUUAGCUGAAAAGUAUCUUACAAAGCUAAACUGCAAAACUUCACAGCAUUGUGCCUUUUGCAUCUGGAACUGCACUGAAGAUUUGAGGCAAGGACUUCUUCCACGGAAGGAUGGGCAAGCUUCAGCUCAGCCUUUCUUGCUCUGUCUGUGGCCAAAGCUGCUGUACUUCUGGAUGUGUGUAUGGCGGUGGGGGGUGGGGUGGGGAGUGAGUGUUUAUGGGACGGGGAGAGUGUGUGAGUGCAGAGAGAAUGUGCACAGAAAUCUUGCUGUAAUGUGAAUGUGCUCUGUGUUAGUAGAGCUAAAUGUAAUAUCCUGGGAAGAUCAUUUACAUUUUCUUCAAAUAAACGUCAUAUAACUUUUAGUA